AUGACCCAAAGGCAAAGCAGAUUUGAGAGAAAAUCCGAGCAAUCUCUCAGAGAAUCGGCUAUUACACUGGCCACAAAAUUAGGAGAUCCAAAUACAUUCCCUAAGGAGAUUACUUUCAACACAUCGCAAACUGUUCCGAUUAUCACAAAUACCUUCAAGAUCGUCAGAGAAAAAGCCCUUAAUCUUUAUCAGUAUGAUGUUACGCUUGAACCAGAGAUGAUUAAUGAGAAAUUACGUCGUCAUUUUGUUUAUUCAGCAAUAUGUCCAAACGGAGGAAGAAUGAGCGAAAGCGAAGAGUGGCGCAAUAUUAUUUAUGAUGGCCGUGCUGCUAUUUUCUCAUCCAAUUCCCAAUUGGACCGUGAAGUUGACGUCAAAGCAAAAGAAGACAAAACAGUCAAAGUCAUCAUCAAGAAGGUCGCUGAAAUUGGCGAAGAUAAACCAGAACAGCUUCUUCAGAUAUUCAACAUUGCUUUCCAGAGUGUCUAUCGCUCAUUUAAUUUGGAAUGCUCUGGAAGAAAGUGGAUUGACCCAACUCAAUUCACAAAAAUCAGUGGAAACACCCUUACUAUUUUUAGAGGCUAUAGACCAUCCAUUUCCUACCUUUCUAAUGGUCUUACAUAUGUACUCGAAUCCACCUCCAGAAUCACACGUAAUGACAAUCUUUACAAUUUCUAUAAGAACAAGAGGUCACACCAGAGGAUGUUUGAUACAAAUGAGUUCGUAAAAUUGAUCCAAGAACUUGAGAUCACAACAACUCACUUGAGAAAGCCAAAGAAAGUCAUUAUCACAGGUAUCUCCCAAGAAGCAACCAUCCAUACCACUUUUAAGUGCAGAACCAAUCCAAAAUCCCAGGAUGAAAUUGAUAUCUCUUACGCUCAAUACUACAUGGACCAUUACAACAAGGAGCUUCCAAAUGAUGAUAUCCUCUUCACAGCCAAGGCCACAACAAAGAACGGCGGCGUAAUUAAUUAUCCAGGUUCCGUUCUCGGCAUCAGCGGCAUCGCAAAGUACGAACUCACCAAAAGAAACCUCAAGAACGAAAUCGCCAAGUGCUCCAACUUGCCAAUCGACCAAAAGUGCGCUAAAUACAGAGAAUUUGUUCAGCGCAUUAACAGCGAUCCAGAAUCCUCCAAAUUCCUCAAGCGCUGGGGCUUCCAGAUCCAGGACACCAAGGUUCUUACAGGAUUCAGGCUCGAUCCACCAGUUUUAAUGGAUGGAAAGACAACCUACACAUUAGAUCCGAACCGUCCAUCAUAUCAGGGCAAGCUCAGGAACAUGAAGUUCUUACGCAAGUCAACAAUCAACGGCUGCAUUCUUUUCGUUUCAUAUCCAGGAUCAGAACACGCAGGACAAUUACAAAACGCAUUACGUGAUAUCUCAAGAAACCUCGACUUCGAACUUACCAACCUUGUCCCAAUUACAACAAAGGGGGCUUCGGCCGACCACUAUACUCGCGUUAUUGUCGAUUACAUCAAGGAGAACAGACAGAGUCCACCAACCUUUGUUAUCUGUGUCGUCCCAGAUACACAGAAGGACCGCUACGAUUCAAUUAAGUCUGUUCUUUCAUCUGAUCUCGGAAUUCCCUCUCAAAUCGCCAUCGAAGGCUCACUUAACCCCAAGCUUUUGAUGUCCGUUGCCACCAACCUCGUCAUCCAGAUUGGUACAAAGCUCAACGGCGCCUUAGUUAAAUUGUCAAGAAAAUCUAUUUCCGCAGAAAUGAAGGGAACCAUGUUAAUUGGUCUCUCCAUCGCCUCAGGCAAAGGCAGAGAUCCAUCUUCCUACGUUUCUGGCGUCGCAACAACUGAUUUCGAUUUGAGCAUGUACCACUCGAAGAGUUUCGGACCACACAACGAGAAGAUCAUUCCUGAGAACUUCAUCACCGACUUCAUCCAGUCCGCAUUGCAAGAAUACAGAAAUAACACCCAAGAAGCACCACAAAGAAUUAUUGUUUACAGAGAAGGCGUUUCCUACGGUCAAAUGCCAGAUCUUAAGGAGCAGGAAGUCAAUGUCAUCGCUUCCAGCGUCGGCUCUAUUCCUUUGACUUAUAUCGUCUGUCAGAAACACGCAAACAUCGCAAUCAUGCUCAACCGUGACAACCAUCCUGAAAAUUGCAAGUCAGGAACUGUUGUUACAGAGGGAGUUUCGACUGCAGGCGUCGGCGAAUUCUUCUUGAUUUCUCAUGCGGCCAAUCAAGGAGUUGCAAGACCAACAAGAUACACAGUCAUCCACCAAACACCUCUCGAGGCAUGGAACAACGAGAAUUUGGUCAGAUUGACUCAUUACGACACAAUGGUCUAUCCAAACUGGCCAGGACCAAUCAGAGUUCCAACUGUUUUGAUGCUCGCAGCAAAACUCGCUGAAUUCCACAGAGAACACUUGAAUGGCGUUUCAAUCUCUGAGACAAUCCAGAACCUUCUCCAUUAUAUCUAA